CCCUCCGUUUCUUUCAUUCACAGAAACUUAGCCAAAAAACCCUAGCACUGUAAGCCUACACCACCGCCGCCGCAAGGAGUGGCAUACUGCCGCCGUCCGUCCGUCUAUCUAGCUUCCCUCGUGCUCCAAGUCUUCAACCCCCGUUCGCUGUCACCGAUCGCAGCUGCUUACUCGAGCUCGGCGUCCGCCGUCUUUGUCUGCUCAGCCGCGCUUCCGCCACCGUUGGUUGCCGUUAACGUUCGCGUCUUUGUUCAGCCGUCGUCUUCGUUCGCGUUCUUCGCCGUUCAAGUUUGCUCGGCGUUCACCGUUCGCGUUCACUCGCCGUUCACCGUUCGGGUUCGUGUUCGUCUGGAAGCCACGUUGCCCUGCUUCAAACUCUGCGACCAACCCGUGCGCUCCACCUAGCCGUCGAACUGCUCUCUUUUGUCGCCGCCGAAAUUCUUUGAGGUAUAUAAGAAUUAAGAAGGAAGACUAUUUUAACGGUAUUAUUCUGUUGAUUCUGGUUACAAGCUUGAACAUAGAAUUGAAGAGAAAAACCCUUUAUUAUUUUAUCAUUGGCCUAUUUUUGGCAUUGCAUAUCAUUGUAGUUUGUUUAUUCAUAGAACUAGUUGUUUAUGAUCCCCUUUUGAAGUAAAAAAAUGUAGUAGAAGAGUGUUUAGAACCAGUUACUUUAUUCAUUGAAUUUUUAUAGAAUCAGGUGUUUAUUAUUUCCGGUUGAACCACGGUUGAACCGGUUGAACCAAUGAACUAGUGAACCAAUAACUAGAGUGGUUCGAUGACUGGUCCAGUUUUCUGAACCUUGACUCUCACAACAUGUUCUUCAGUUCUCCCUCGAGCCAUUCCCAUUCCUGAUUCCUCACUCCUCAGUCUCCCUCUCAAGUCCUAAUUCCUGAUAUAUCCUCCUCUGCGGUUAACUCCUCCGCUCGGCUUAUUCAAGUUUCAACUCAGACUGAUAUUGGGAGCAUAUUCUGUAUCUAUCUCUAAGGCUGGUGCAUUAAGGCAUUGAGAUACAACAGAGGCCUGUAUUUGAGAGACUAUUUACAUUGUCUUUGGCGCGGGAUGUUUCAUAAUGAAGUGUAGCAAAGGAAAUAUGCUCCUAUGGCUAAUUUUCAGCUAGCUUGUGGUUGCUUAUUAUCAUCUUGUUGAUCUUAUUCAUGGGUUACAUAACUUGAACUACUUAUAUUGCGUGGCUAAGUUUACUUGGUUUGCAUGAACAUCUUGGGACAUACCACGCUCUUGUGAUCUCUAUUGAUGGCGGCCUCUUGCUAUAACCUAAUAUGCAACUGUUACAACCCAUUUUACUCCACUACCAAUGAUGUUACCAAAUUAUGUCGUGCUAGGACUAGAGCAAACUCAUUAUGUCGAAAACCCAGUUAUUAUGAUUUCCGUAAACACCGUUUUGGUGCAGUAUUAGUUGCUAUUGGUAUGGAAGAAACUGUAAAAGAAGAGGUGAAAGAAGAAAAUCACAGAAAGUUUAGGUGGAAUGAGAUAUGCCAUCAGAAUAUGACAAAUGAACAAAAACAGGCCAUAUCUAACCUUCCUUUCAGGAUGGCUAAACGAUGUAAAGCGCUGAUGAGACAGAUCAUAUGUUUUUCUGCCGAAAAGGGGAACAUAUAUGAGCUGUUGGGGGCUUGGGUGAAGAUCAUGAAGCCUUGCAGAGCAGACUGGCUUGCAGUUAUCAAAGAAUUGAAAACUCUGGAACAUCCUCUGUACCUUGAGGUGACGGAAUAUGCUCUUCUAGAAGAAUCCUUUGAAGCCAACCUUCGUGACUACACAAAGAUAAUCCAUGGCUAUGGCAAGGAUAAUCGACUUGAAGAUGCUGAAAAUGUUCUCACAAUAAUCAAGGAAAGAGGCUUCAUCUGUGACCAAGUGAUCUUGACUGCUAUGCUUGACAUGUACAGCAAGGCUGGACAUCUUGACAAGUCUAAAGAAUAUUUUGAGGAGAUCAAAUUGCUCGGGGAACCUGUGGAUAAAAGAUCAUAUGGCUCGAUGAUCAUGGCAUAUAUCAGAGCUGGAAUGCCUGAACAGGGAGAGAUAUUACUUCAAGAAAUGGAUGCUCAGGAAAUAACUGCAGGCAGCGAGAUUUACAAAGCAUUGCUUAGAGCCUACUCUAUGGCUGGCAAGGCUGAAGGAGCACAGAGGAUAUUUGAUGCAAUUCAGCUGGCUGCUAUCCCUCCUGAUGAUAAGGUGUGUGGUCUAGUUAUUAAUGCCUAUGGUAUGGCCCGGCAAAGUCAAAAGGCUCGCAUUGCAUUUGAAAAUAUGAGAAGAGCAGGUAUUGGUCCUACUGAUAAAUGCAUAGCUUUGGUGUUGGUUGCAUAUGAGAAGGAAAACAAGUUAAAUGAAUCAUUAGAAUUUUUAAUAGAAUUGGAGAGAGAUGGCAUUUUGGUUGGAGAAGAAGCUUCUGUAGUAAUGGCUCGGUGGUUCCGAAAACUGGGGGUGGUAGAAGAGGUUGAACUUAUUUUAAGAGACUUUGCCAUAAGCUAGCAUUGUAAGCAGAGCCCUUUUAACUCAGUGGUAGAGUAACGCCAUGGUAAGGCGUAAGUCAUCGGAAGUUACUGCAUCAUAAUUAUUAGAAGCUAUAGUGAACUGUCUUUUCAAAAAGGCUAAGUUAUUAGGUAGAGGCAUACAAACUGCAAUUUCACUUGUAAUAUAUUUGUUAUGUUUCAAACAACAGUUGAUCAAUCACAAGCUGCAGCCUUUCAGGGAGACCUUCAGCUUUUUCUUUGUAUGUAACAUUUUCUAGCCCAAGACAAAAAACACUAUUGUUUAUGAUCUUUCAAGAGCAAUCUAUUGAAAAUAAAAUGAUAGAGCACAAAGUCUUACUUAUCCUUCUUUGGAUGAAAGA